UAUUAUUUUGAUGCAUAUCACCCCUCAAAAUAUAGAGCCCAUAGAUUGAUCAAAGCGAUGAAUAACCUCUAUUGUUCUCUGUUUAUCAUUGCAUUGUGCGUAGGAUUGAGUAACGCCGUGGUCAAAAUGAAAAAUUCGGUACAUUUUAUGAACUCUCUUGGUGGAAACAACGUUCUUAAAAUUCAUUGUAUAUCAGACGAAGACGAUCUAGGCUACCACCUUUUGAAGCCAGGAGAAAUCUACGAGUUUAGUUUUUAUGACAGUGUCAUGGGAACCAGGAUCAAUUGUGAUGUAGCGCAGGGAAUUGAAUUCAGAUUUCAUGCAAAGUUCAUGGCAUAUAAAGGUGGUGGUCUCAUAGGUCAUUAUGGUAAGAUGAAUUUUUGGUUUUGUAGAGAUGAUGGGAUUUACUUUACCCAUGGUAAGGACGAUCCAAAGUUAGAGUAUAAGUGGGUACCUACAAUGCCCUUGACAUGGCAUCGUCUCCUUACUGAUAUGAAUCUUUCUCUCAAUAAAUUAUUGUGA